AUGCCCCAGCAAAACGAAGCAAAACUUCUCGUACACCUCACCGAAGUCCCUGCCAGCUGGCCCCUGGCGACCGUCAUGGACGCCUUCCUCGACUUGGCUCGUUUUUUUGGUGCAGGUUAUCUUGAGGACCGAGCUCGCGAAGCGCUGAGCCUGCGGCUGGUGGAGCUUUGGGCCGCGCAGCCGGCGGAGGCCGAGGCCUGGCUCGAGCGCCGGCGCCUCGAAGCGGAGCUUCAGAAGUCGCAGGAGGAGGAGUGUCGAGAUCUUCGCAAUCGCCUGGCUGCGGCGGAAGCGCAGGUGUCCAGCAAGGAUGCGGAGCUCCAAGCCGCGCAGAACGAGAGUGCCAAGUGCCAGGAGCGGUGCGCGGCUGCAGAGUCAGCGAAGGCAGUGAUGCAGAAGGAGCUCCGACAGUUGCAGGCGGAGCACAGCAAGUGCCAGGAGGGCUGCGAAGAGCUUGCAAAUCGCAUGGAUGCAGAAGCUUCCGAGCAUGCCAAGACCAAGGAGCUUUUGGCACAGGCCGAGUCCGAUGCCGCCGAGAAACAGUUGGAGGUUCAGCGACUGCAAGAGGAGAGCCGCAGCUACUACGAGCACUGCCCGAAGACAGAUUCCCAUCCCGCUUCGUCAGAAGAGGGCGAGAGCAAGGCCGAGCUGCAGCUGCAGAAGGCUGUGCUCCAGGGGCGCUGUGAGCAGCUCCAGCAUCAGCUUGCCAAAGCAGAGGCGAAGUUGGAUCUCCUGCAGGAUCUGCGGGAAGAAAUCGGCAUGUAUAAGGAGCGCCUGCGUGGGCUGGAACGCCAGCUUGUGGAGACCAAGACGAAGAGUCCUCGCGUGGCUGGUGGCGGCAUCUCGGGUCAUCCCGCUCUGAAUGCUCGCAUCCCAGCUCGCAACGACGCAGCCUUCGGUGAUCAGGAGUCGGAUCUUGCCCAGCAGCUGGGGUACAACCUUGUGGACGAAGAUGGCGCCUCCGUCCUGAGUGGAUCCUCCGGUUGCUCGGUGAAGCAGAACUGCUUCAUGCUGGAUGCCAUCUUCAAGAGCCGCAUGGACGUCUUCCGCGAGGGCAGUGACCUCCAGAAGGGGUCGCAAGUCCUGGCUGGCGAUGGCAAGACUGUUUUGGAGGUGGUCGAGUUCUCGAAGGAAGGGCAAGCUACGGAAGUGGUCGACUUGCAGGCGGGCGCUGCAACACUGCGGGUGACCCCGGACCAUCCCGUGCAGGUCCCCAAUGAAGGUGGCAAUGCGGGACGUCCUCUUUACGUGCCGGCGGGGAAGCUCAAGGCAGGCGACUUCGUGAUGAAUGAUUCGGGAGAGCCGGUUGCGCUUACCACUGCAGAGACUCUUCCCGUGGAGUGCAAGGUGCUGAAGAUCGUCUUCAAGCCGGACUUGCCCGUAGCCGUCUUCUCCAGCCCGUCCUGCAUCCUCAGCAAGGGACACAAGAAGAAAACACAGCCGGGGCGUCGUGGUGGCGGCGGAACAGGCAAGGAGGCGGCAGAUCCGAUGGAUGCACGAGCCUAG